AUGGGGGUCAUCAUCGCCGUCACAAUCAUCGGUAACUUUUUCGUGAUUUUAGCCUAUAUCCUCGAUCCCCAUGUCCGAGCGAACGUAGGCAAUCUGCUUAUACUAAACCUUGCAGUAACGGACUUUAUGGUUGGUGUGUUUAGCCUAACGUUCAACCUCUCGUGGUUAGUAAAGGGUUUCUGGUCUCACGGUGAGAUCAUCUGUAAGCUGUGGCUAGUCCUGGACUAUACUAUAUGCUGGGUGUCCCAGAUCACAAUGGUCCUAAUCAGCUGGGAUCGUUACUGCCUGGUCAGUAUGGGUCUCAAGUAUAAGACAUACCAGACUAAGAAGCGCGUAGGACUCAUUCUCGUCUUCGUCUGGACGAUCAUGCUCAUUCUACUCUCUUUGCUCGCUUUUGCUUGGAGUCCCAUAACAGGACAUUCCAACAUUGAUUAUGAUCGAGUCUGCAUCAUGGAAUUCAUAGUUCUCCGGUAUGCACCUCUAGCCAUUAACUUGAUUCCGUAUGCCAUUAUGCUUGUUUGUAUCGUUACCCUGAAUACGUUUGUCUACAUCAACAUCUACCGGAGAUCUAAGGUUAGACAAUGUGGUCCAGCAAAGGUUGGUAUGGGACAUAAAACCCGGAACCUCGACGAAGGUACCAUUGGAUCUCCUAGCUCCGCAUCGUGUGAAGUGCUAUCAUCAGGUCUACAUGAACGCGGCGAAGACAACAUAAUGAACGCACCUGUCGCACCUACCGAGACUAACCCUGCAGAAGAAGGCCCACUGAAAGUCGUCGACGCAGAAAAAGUACGGAUGACUCUCAUCAGACAUCGUAAAGCAGCCGUCGUUCUGAGCAUCCUGACGGGUUGCUUUAUCCUCUUCUGGCUGCCUUACAUUAUCACAACCGUGGUCUACUCCAUCUGUGCAAUGGAAUGCGUGUCGAAUGUCAUCUGGGAACUCACUGAAGUUCUUGCGUGCCAGCUUUUUCAACAGGUAUUCAAAUAG